AUGAAAGAUAAAGAAGUGGAAGGUAUCGAAAUCAGAGAUAAGGGAUCGUUUGUCAGCACGCUGGGCACGUUGGAACAGGCCGAGCUCAACAGUUGGGUUAUUAUUCGUUUUCUGCUUCAUGUGAUCAUAAAGUUGAUAGGCGAGGUCGUGACGUGAUAGUGUUAGGGAUGAGGUUAUGUGACAUGUUUCGGGUUAUGGUAUCAAUAGGAGUAGGGGUGUAGCAUCGUUUUGUUUAGUUUUAUUAGGUUUAUGGGGAAAUUAAGUUUAUACGUUGAAGAUGUUUCAUUUAGAAGGGUUUGGAGACGGAAAGGACUUAUUUUGGUAAUAGAUUAGGUAAUAUUUUAGUAUUAAGCAAUUGAGAAGUUAUUCAUUAGUAUCAUUAAUAGAGAAGCCAUAUGUCGCGUCAAAGGCUUUAAUUGAAUAUCGCUGUUGAUCAGAAACUCCUUGAUAUCCUUACUGUAGCUAAUAGAUUCAGAUGUCGAUCGUUAACGGCGGUUUAUUCGCAGAUGGCAAAACUCUUGUAGCCGGCUUCAUAGCCGAGAUUCUGAAGAAAGAAUUCACAUCAGGCCAAGGGUCUGAAGAGAAACAGAACCACGAUGAAGUAAUUGAUACUAAUGAAGUCGAUCAAGAAGAAAUCAGCCACGAUGGCCAAUUACUUUCCGACCAGAAUGACGAGGCCUACGAGCAGGUGGAGCACGUUCUCGAACACGAAGCAGAGCAAUCUCAGAUAGCCAAAAAUGUGGAGGCUAGCCUGAACAAGCGUAGAAUCUCUGGAGAACUGCCAUCUUCUCCCAAACAGUAUUAUCCACCCAGUCUCGACGAACUGAUGGAGCAGUUGAGUAUGUCAGAGCCUAAUCCUCAGCUCAAUCUGCCAUUCCCAACUACAAAAGCUGAGCAUGAGCAUGCUGUAGAAGUGGAAGAUCCUGUUCAUUUGAACGAAGUCAUCGGAGAGCCUGGAAUCCCCAACGAUGCGGCCGAUCCAAUGGAGAGUCUAGUGCUGGCAGCUGAUGACAAAGCUGUCCUGUCUACAGACUUAGGAGAGGUCGAUCCGUUGGACAUUACUUUUGAGAAUUCAGAAUCCCAGAAUCUCUCCGCCAACCCUGACAGAGAAGCGUUGUUGGAUGAGAAGGACAGACUUAAUUCGUCCGUUAUUGUCGGUGGACUAGACGCUGAUGGUUAUCCUUUGAUUACUGGAUUGACUUCUGGGCCAAGCACAGGUAAUACUGAUGAAGUUAGGCCAACAGAAGAGCCAGUCAUUUCAUUAGAUCAAGGUGGCUAUGAAAACAACGAGAUCGCCGAGCCAGAGAAGGUAGUUGAACUAGACCAAGGAGGCUACGAAGGUGAGCAACAGCCAGAAGUCGAUCUUGAAGCUGCUGUAGCCAUUCAAGAGAACAAAGAGAUUGGUCUAGACCAAGGAGGAUACGAAGUCGAGCAGUUAAUCGCUGCUCAAAAUGCUAUUGAAGCUCAGUUGUCAUCGACUUCUGGAGCCUUCCCCAACGAGGCUUCUGAAGUCAAGAAUACAGGUGAAAUCCCUUUGGAUGCCGGAGGCUACGAAGGUGAAUUCAGUACAACUAUCAAGGACGACGAGUAUCCAAAGGCUCUAGAGGCAAUGAAAGUUGUGGAAGAUCAAGAAAAAGAACUGAUUUCUGAACCAAAAGAUCCAGAAGAAGAGGACGAACUCGUAGCCAGAGGGGAAGAAGCCCCUAAAGCUAGUCAAGCCGAUCCGGUUGGUCGUGCUUUGACUGAAUUCGGAUCAAAUGCUUCUUUAAAAUCUUUCGAUCCAAAUACGGUCAAUGCUGGCACUCCUCCAGAAGUCAUUCGAGCCACAGGCAUCGCCGAAGCCAUGAAGUUUGACGCUGCCACAGAAUUGAGUGAACACCAUAUUGUAGGUGGUCUGCUAACUGAUGGUGUGCCUUUGAUCUUUGGCAUUCAAGCUGUUCGGCCUUUGCCAGGUACUGUAGAUGAGACUGUACCAGAAGAUGAAGGUGACAUUGCAGAGAAAGUAAAGAAUGACCCUUUAAAUGAAAGUGCUUUGCCAGAUCAAAAUGAAGCCCAGAAACAAGAAAAAUCGAAAACCGAACAAAAUCCUUCAGAAACCCAUGAAGGAGCCAACGAUGAAGUCACAGAGCCUACAGAAGAGUUUCACACUGCUUGUGACUCCUUGAAAGAAGAUACCCAAGCUAAGCCAGAAGACGAAGAAGGCUACGUUAAACUGAUAUCUAGCAAAUCAGAAUCCAGAGACGGUCCGAGGUCCCAAGUUUAUUUUGAACAUGAAGGUACCCCAAUCAACGCUGAGGAGUUAGCUCGCAUAGAACAUGCUGAGCAACAACCUGAUGCACCAUUUGAGCGACAUCACGUCAUUCACGUUGAACAAGAAGCCGAGCCACACAAGACACGCAACAUUCCGAUUAUAAUCGAGGAAAAUAGCAUCGAAGUUCAAGAGGCGUUAAAGAACAGUCUGGACAAACAAGACAGCGUGAAGACUGAAGAUGUGGGCAUAGAUCACAAAGACAACAUUACACACGAGGAGACCCCAUUAAAAGAUUACCCAGACCAGGAGAAGGCCACAGAAAGCAAUCGCAUCAUUUUAAAAGAGCCCCUCGAGCGAUGGGCGUCGGAAGAAGACCUGCGGGCUGUCGGCACGGAUCAAUCUGGCCAGGUGCCACAAGAUGUCAUUAAACCAGGAGAGGGGGCAUACGACCAGAGUGCACAACAAACACCCACGGGUCAGUCCGAGCGUGUUAUUCCGAUUCUAGUCCAAGGUAACUAUUCUGCAGUUGACCAUAGUGCUCCAACUGGUCAGACUGGCCCAAUUGGUACCCAACCUACCGCUCCUAGUACCGAAAAGCAUAUUACUUUUGAUAACGAGCGUCUGAUUACUAUCGAACGGCCAUCAGCUCCCAACAAUUCGAUCCAAGAGUCUCUGAAAGAACGGUCAGUCGAGAGGAACGUGCCGAUCCGAUUAGUCAGUUCGACUAAUGGUCUAGCCCUCGACCUGCCCUCGCCCGGAGCUCGCAGUGAAACCCAAGAGAGUGGCUUUGCUUCAGUCGACGCUCUCAGCCCUCUCGAGACAACCGUACCAUCUGGUCCAGUACUAUCAGGUCCAGUACUAACAGACCCAGUACUAAUUUUGAGCUCCAUUUUGGCCAACCUCAAGAGACUCAAAAUGACCGACAAACCCAAGUACGACAAUAUUGUAGCCAGACUGAAGGAGUUGGAGGAAGAGAUGCGGAUUCAGAAUACCGGACUGCCUCCAGAUGACUCUCUGACUCAAGUCGUGGGUGAGAUUCUGCAGUCGGAGUACCCGAACAGUGAUCUACAGAUCGUGGUGAGUACGUCGCGGAAGAGUACGUCACAUACUCAAUUCUACGAGACUGAGACGCCUGGCAUGGUUGGCUUGGCCCCAGAUCAGUUGAGGGACCUGCAGACUAAACUCAUGGACAAAAUCAGUAGGCUUUUGGCUUUUUAUCUAGUGUUUAGGUAGUUUAACUGUUUCUAAAGGCAUGGUUAACAUACGUUGUUGACAGUGUCUUUGGGAACGUUAGUUUUGCAUAGGGUUGAUACUAACAUCUUGUCGAAGUAACAUGUUCUUGUGAAGUUUAGGUAACAUUGGGUUGUACUGGUAAUGGACUGGGUUGCGGUUGUACUUUUAACUACUGUAUGAUUACUAAAAUCAACUGUUUUACUUGAAAAUUAAUAUUUAAAUUGAAAGUGACUAUAGUAAAUCAUAAGUGUCAUACUUUGAUACUAAGUAACUUCCCCUAAUGUAAAAUACCAUUAACAUAACAAACAAUAACACUCCUCCAGCAGCUAUAACUACUAAUAUAUUGUCUGUUACCUAUAUUCGGCACUGCUUUUCCUAAUUUUUCUGAUUUCGAACGCUUAAAAUAACGCUUUUGCACUGUAACUAACGACUACUGUGUAUCGUGAUUGUGACACUAACUAAAAUACGGUUUUAAUAGGCGUAACAGUUUUUAAAAGUUGAUAACAGAACCCCUAAAUGUGAAUGACAUUUUCGCUUCAACCCUCAUGAGUUUUACACAUUUUUUUGCACUUUCCCCCGACCAAUUCAGACACUUUACAGGCGGACGCAAUGACUACGGGAAAAACGUGGAAACCAAGGAUCAGCCAGGUAAUUAGUGGUUUAGUUAGGGAUUUAGCUAGGUAGGGUUGUGUAGUAGUUAGGUAUAACAGUGUAGUAGGAAUUUAUAUAGAGUUUGGAAUGUUUUGUGUCUUUUUAGGCCUAAAAACUAUUUUUUAAGCUAUUUUUUGAAAAAAAAGACGAUGUAAAACCCCAAAAUAUAUAACAUAGUAAGCUAGAAAACACGUAGAUUAUGUAGGCAAUCAUAAGAUUAGAACAAAACAAUACCUUUACAAAAGUAGCUAUUACCUUGAUACCUUAACGUAGUAACUGAUCUUUGGUUAUGUAGAUGAUCUGAAACGCCGCGACGCCACGGAAGAAGGCUGGACGAACGAGGACGGCACGGAGAGCGUCCACACACGCUCCGUACGACAAGUCACGACAACACAAUCGUCCGUCAAAGGUAUUCUGUUAGCUUAAGGUUUUGUUGCUCCGUAAUAUUUGUGUUAUAACCUGGGGUGUAGACAGCGAGGUAAAAGGCAAAGGCGGGAAGAUACGAAAUGUAUUGUAGACAAGGUUGAGGCAUGCGAACAUUCGUUGUAGUACUAUGUCUAAGAUAGACAUAGAUCUGAAAGCCAUGUCUUCUUACAAGACAUUAACGUAUCUCAACCAAUGUGCAGUACAAUUUAAUACAAAUUAUUACGUAAAGCAGUAAGUACAAAGUAAUCAUAGCUUUUACAAAGUAAUCAUAGCUUACAUGUUAAGUGUUACAUCCGUCGUUCUGCGUGCAGUGAUGUACCGUGAUCGUACGCACUGAUUUCUGUGUUAUCUCUGUGGUUUUACUUCCUUUCCUUAUACUAUCUCUAUUACUCGGUUUCUUGGCAUAGUACUACUGUCGUAUUUAAUACAUUCUUUGUUACUCUUAACUUCAUAGUUUGCUUAUACGGUAACCUUACUAUAAGUGUAUCCUUUAGCUAUUUACAUGUAAUCAUUAGUAUUUAUAUGUAGUUAUAGGUAUGACUUCGCACUAUUUGGGUGCUAGUAUAUAUUUUCAAGCUUUUUAUUUACUAUAGAUUCCAGUACGUUAAUAACCAUAACUAUAAUUUAGUAUAUGUUAUUUUUGGAAAGCAUAGAAACAUAAAACUUAAAAACACGUUUACAUUCCCUGAACAGCAGUCAAAAACUAAGCAAUAGAUAUAUUUUAUAACAAAUAUUUAAGGCGAAAAGUUAAGAAACCUCGAAUGCUUUUUGUCAUGACCAAAUGUUUCGGCCAAUUCAUUUCGUGCAAAAAUAGCGGCCGAACGUCAUUAAAAACAAAGUUUAACAAAGCUCUCCGGGGGUAUUAAUCAAGGAACAAAUAGCUGUGGAAAGAAGACAUUCUUAUAUAUUUUGGUCGAAAUGUAAGUUUACAAUAUACUAAAAUUUAGAAUUAACAUAGGAGGGUCGAAAUUUCCGUAAUAUUAAGAAAAACGAAAAAUAUCGAUCAUUUUAUAAAGGUGAAGGUAGUGAGAUGGAUGAAAACAGCUGAUAUCGUAGUUUUUAACACAGUAGACUAUGUUAUCAUCGUUGCCAUUGUUUUUUAGCUAGUAUCUUUGAGUUGGAUACCUAAACACACAAAAUCUUUAUAAAGUAACAUACUAUUUCCAAACCCAAACGUAUCAUACGUGCUUUUAGUUCAAAAGGCUUACGUUCACUUUCAAGUUGUUGUUACAAUUCCUGCUUUCGUAUCUUCUGUAACAACAAACCUUAUUACCUUCGUUCUUCUAUAAAACCUGAGUUUUCUUCCUUUGUAUCUUCUAUCACAUUUUCUUCUAAACUACAUACUUUUUGCUGCGUAUCUUCUGUAAAACUCCCUUUCCUUCGUAUCUUUUUAACUAUAAUGUAAAUCUGUAAAGGCCAUAUCCUGAAAUACGAAAAGCGAGGAAAGAAUGCGGUUCUCAACCUUGAUAUGUUGAGUAAUCCAUCUCUUUUCAGUGAACGGAAACUAAUCACAGUGCCUCGACGUACUGUCCUCCAGCUCUUCUUUUCGUUGCAUCAAAGAAGAAUCACAAUAUUAUUAUGUCGAUGUUGUCUUUUUGUGUCGUUUCGUGCGAAAGUCGUAGUAUUUGGUGUAAAAUUAGCUAAUAAGUGUAGGGCUUUAGUUAAGAUAUCUGAAAAAAAGUAAAAUAUUCAAUUAUAGAUGUAAAUUGCCUAAAAAUAGAGGCGAAAUUCAGAGAAAAUUGAUAAAAUUUUGAAAUUUACAACUUUUACCUAUAAGUGUGAUACUUGACUCAACUUUUAAUUGUGGGUUAAGUGUCGCUUAAAACAAUUUUUUGUCGAAAUUUUAGAAUUUUACACGGUUUCUAAAAAAAUUAGGAAAAAAGUGUGUAGAAUGUUCACAGUCGAUUGUAGAAAGAGGUAAAAGCAAGUAAACGUAAUUUUAGAUCAUUUACGACGAUAUUAUCCAUGUCUUUAGCUGUUUCCACUGCCGAUUAUUACCUAAAUUGCCAAAGAAAAAGAAAAAAAGCAAAAUCUCAUUUCCGGAGCUAAAAAUUGCAAUUCUAACAUGAAUUUUAUGCAAUGAAAACUAAUUUUGAACAAAUUUUGAUUAAAAUCCUAUAUUAUCUAUAAUGUUUUAGCUAUUUCAAUUCAAGUUUAUUAUCUAAAAUUUUAAGUUUAAUGACUAGUAGCUACUAUUUAACUAUUAUAACUUCAAGAACGUACAUUAGCUUAGAUUUGACAAAUUAAAUCAAUUUUAACGGUUUAUGACCUCUAUGACAAUGUAACUAUUACACUAUAUGUUCGUAUAACCUCGCUUACUGUGCUGUAAAAUUGCUGUAAUUGAUGUAGGCUUUGAUUACAAAUGUAAUUUGCUGAGAAAAAUAAAUUUUGUAACAGAAUGUUGGUAAGAUACGAUGAAUACAUCACAAGGUUGACACAGAUAUUACGGUCGUAUGUUUACAUAGUAGAUAUGGUACUUUUGUAUACGGCGAUGACUACCUUGUCGUAUACCGUACCAAAGUAUAAUUUAUGUGAUAAUUAGUCCUACUUGGAUACUUGUAAUCUUAACAUGAUCAUUUACAGGUCUCGGAGAACAUCCUCAACCAAAUGGUAUGUUACAGUAACCAGAUUAACACUUUACCUCGGAGUGAAGUUACCAUAACUUAUUUUGACACAACGAUAUGGUUUUACUAAAGCUUUGACAUGUAAACUUGAAAUGUCAGUGUUGUAAAGUUACCACCAAAACUCUUCAUCAUAUUUUACUAUGCUUUUGCUUGGUAUUUUACGAUGACAGAGUAAUUCCGUGGUAUCGUACAGUAAUAUUCGUUGUAAAUUGCAGUGAAACUACAGUAAUGGUUGGUUUGUGAUGUUGAUGAUGUUGUUAUGCACUUACACUUGAUUUUGUUUGCUUCUUCAGUUGGUAUCACAAGUUACUGUACCAUGUAUACUGUAUAUGAAACAUGUCACUGUGGCGUGGUAUUUCAGUAUUUUUAUGUUGUUUUUGGUUAUUUUAUUUUUUUAUGUUUGAUGCAUAAAGAAUGGUAUUUUUUGAAAUUGUCAUCUUGACGCCAUUAUUUUUGCAUCAGCUUACUGUAAUAUUUACUUGAGUUGUCUCACUUACUGUCAUAAUGUUCUGAGGUGUUGUAAUCUGGUCGAACGUAUUGUCAGGUAUACUGUAAUUUACUUUGUUAUUUAUAUUUUUGGUUGAGGUAUACGGUAACAGUAUACUGUAGUUUUUUUGUGUCAAAACAUGUUUCUAAAGCAAUAUAUUAACUCAUGAGUAAUAGUUGUGUUUGUCAUAAUAUAUGCGGUCUUAAACUACAGUAACCGAAUGUGGUGGCCUAACGGAGUGCGCGGUGAUACGGUAACGUGACCAUGUUGUUGUAGGCGAAUUCAUACGUCUGAAGGUGAACGAGCAGGUCUACGAUGGUCAGUCAGAUCCGCAGACCCACCACAUUCGACUGGUACCCAUCCAACGGAUCCCUGUCAAGUACUACUGA